GCUGCUUGCUGUUUGCUCUUCUGUUGAGUUGCUGGAAUUUGAGGCAGACCAACUGCCGUCCCAUCCGUAGCAGAAGUUGUUCGAGAGAUGGCGGAGGAGGAGCAGGCGCCGCGGCCGGUGGCCGAGGUGGAGGAGGCGCCGCCCGAGCUGGUCAAGGACGUCGAGGAGGAGAAAGCCGCCAUCGUGCCGGCGCCGGAGGAGGAGAAGCCCGAUGACUCCAAGCCUCUCCCCGUCGUUGAACAGGUUGAGGAACCUUCAGCAUACUCUGAAGCAACUGAUAAAGAUUCUGCUCUUUCAAGGGUUGCAACUGAGAAGAGAUUGUCACUGAUCCAGGCAUGGGAGGAAAAUGAGAAAGUUAAAGCAGAAAAUAAAGCUGUGAAGAAGAUAGCAGAAAUUGUUGCCUGGGAGAACUCAAAGAAGGGAGAAGUGGAAGCAGAGCAGAAAAAGAAAGAAGAAGAACAUGAAAAAAAGAAGGUAGAAUAUGCAGAGAAAGUGAAGAGCAAACUUGCCUCAAUUCAAAAAGAGGCGGAAGAUAAGAAGAAGAUCGCCGAGGCAAAGUGCAGCGAGGAAGUGCUCAAGGUUGAGGCAAAGGCUAAAAAGUACCGGUCGACCGGCCUCGCACCAAAGAAGAUCUGGACGUUCUUCACAGGCUGAAAUUCAAGUUGCUCAGACCCUAAUUUGUUAUUGUGCCUCGUGUGUGUUGUGUGGUGUUUUGGUUGGGGUUUCAGUGUGUGUAAAAUGUGUUGACUGUCUGUUUACAUGAACACAAAACAGAAGCUUAUUUGUGAAAAAUGAAUUUGUUAAUUUUUGUCUUUGUUGGUCCUGACAAGAUUAUUGUGUGUUUAAUCAAACAUUAUCAACUACAGUCUUGUGCUUCAA